GUGAAUAGAGCUCAAAACAGGGGUAUUAUAAACCCUUGAGGAGACAGAGCAAGAAAGAAGGAAAAAUGGCGUCGUCCCUGACGACAGGAGUGAAAUGUGUAGCAAAAUCAUCAUCAUCAGUGUCAGCUGGUUGGGAAUGGUUGUUGGUUUUGCGAAGCUCUUCUAACCGUUGCUACGCUGCUGCCAAAGCCAAGGCCUCUUCUUCUUCUUCUUCGAAUGGUGCGACGAUGAGAGAGUCCUCGAUUCCGUCAUCAGAAAAAGAAGAAGACUUGGAGGACCUAGUUCCCACCUCUGGAAUCAGCCGCCCUCUCUCUGAAAUCCUCAAAGAACUCAACAAGAAAGUCCCCGAUUCCCUCAUCAGGGUUCGCACCGAAUCUGAUGGCUUCCCCGUCAAAUACAUCCCCUGGCAUAUUGUGAAUCGGAUUAUGAACUUACAUGCUCCAGAAUGGUCUGGUGAGGUUCGAAACAUAACGUAUUCGGCUGAUGGCAAGUCUGUGUCUGUUGUUUACCGUGUCACGCUGUAUGGGACUGAUUCUGAGAUAUACAAGGAGUCGACAGGUACUGCUCCUGUAAACGAUGCAGGCUAUGGAGAUCCAGUGCAGAAGGCAGAAGCAAUGGCAUUUCGUCGAGCUUGUGCUCGUUUUGGUCUGGGACUUCAUCUCUAUCACGAGGAUGUGUUAUAGCCAAGCAACAUGGGCUUUGUGUCAGGCAAUUUUUAGUUUAGCAGAUGACACUCGGAUCACAUUUUGUGUUUUUGUUGAUUUUGUUUUGUUCUCAAGAGAGAAUCGCAGUAAAACCAGAUAUUUUGAUGUAAAACAAAAUCAGCUUAUCUAUUGCUGUCUGCAAUUGUGAUUUCAAAGCGUAGAUUUCUGUAUUUUAUGUAGUAUGUUUAUUUAGUGAUGGGAAUGUUGGCUUUUGAUAUUGGUAAAUUUCUGAAUACAAACAUGUGGGCACCGAUGAAUAUGAACAAUAUUGCUAUUGUUAAAUCUGCAAUUCUUACAA